UUUCCAAACAAAACUCGCGAGGAAGAUAUGAAGCAAGGCAAAUGGAUAAUGAUUUUAAUGGGCCAAGCCGUAUGAAAUAGGAAACAGCACCACGCAUCUUUUUAUUGAACAACCAUCAGCCGCCGCCGACCGACGAUCUUCACGGCACCGGUUCAACGACGUUAUCGCUUUCUUAUCGGAGGCAAGAUUAUUCUAAGAGUCAUGUCUACACAUAGAGGCACUAUGUGGUUUCACAUUCACUGAUUGAUUUCCAAGUACUUCCAACAUCGUUUUUGUUUUGCAUCAGCAAUCAGGGGGUUAUUCAGACAACUCAUUUUUAAUCUUACAAUUCAGAAGCUCAAGUACAACAGAUAUGAGCCGUAGGAGAGGUGUUAGAUGGGAUGAAGCCAACCUUGGUGAAAUUGAAGCAAAUAAACCUAUAAGACAGAAAAUCACAGAACCCAAAACUCCAUAUCAUCCUAUGAUGCAUGAUACUGAUGGAUCUGUAUCUCCUAUUGGGGGCUCUGGUAGUUUCCUUGAAGGAGAUGAUAACAGCAACAUGAGACUGAAUGCUGAAGCAAUUCGUUCAGCACUGAAUGAGAUGGCAUCUUCUAGUAGCAACAGUAACUCCCAUUCUGGAUGGACAUCUUCAGAUGAUGAAGAUGAAACAGAUGCCAUGGAUCAUGAUCUAGGUGGGAAGAGUGCAAGAAGCUUUAGGGAGAAAAGAAAGGCUCACUAUGAUGAAUAUCGCAAAGUGAAAGAGUUACAGAAGAAGGAAUCAGUGAAGAAGGAUGAUGAAAAGCAAUCCAUUGUUGAUGGUGUGGGAGAUAUAAAUAUCACGGAAUCUUCUAAUCAUGCGUAGCAAUACCAUUCUUCUCCAUAUCAAACUUCUACUUUUCUCGAUGCAAAUUUCUUGUGUUUUUUUUAUAGAGCAAAUAUAAUGCUUUUAGAAUAUUGGGAUAAAUGAAAAGGCAUGCAAAUUUUCUUGUUUUUAUAAAACCAUAUAGAUUGUAGUGUUGUGUACACCAAUGAAUAUGAUAAGGCAUGUGAGAUGAUUAUGGAAAGGUGACUAGUAAAGUGUCGCAAGAAAGAGGUACUAUGGUGUGCAUGGGAAUGGGAUAGAGUGGUACUUGAGGCUUUGUGAGUUGUAAAUCUUUUGUAAAGUGUUGCUAAACUCUUAUGUUUAAAAUUAGGGUUUCCAAGGUAAAUUUGGGACUGUUGAAAUUGAUCCA